GUGUGUGUGUGUGUGUGUGUCAAUCGAUACAAGUGCGAUGUGUUGAUAGCAGCAACAUGAAUGAUCUAUUGAAUGUUAGAUAAAUUGAAUGAAAAUAGUUUAGAUAUUGAAAUAAAAUUUUUUAUAGUUGAUUUGCCUUUUAUAAGACAAUAAAUUUUCUAUAAUAAAAUGUUCGAUUCGGAGUAUACUGCAUUGAAACGCGGAGAACAUAAUGUUAUUCUUCAAGAGUACAAUGAUAUUGUUGAAGAGCUUAAACGAGAGUUGGAAGUUUGCAAAACAGAACAAAACAGCAUUCGUUCUGAGUUACAAGCUCUGCAUAUUGAGAAUAAGAACAGCAGUGAUGCUAUACGCGAUUACAUUUCAUAUACGCAUAUGGAAGAAUGUGGCAAUCAGGAUGCACACAAUAAGAUAAUUACAAAUCUGAAGGAGCAUAUUGCGGUCUUGCAGAUGGAAAAGGAUUCAGCAGUUCAGCUGUGGCAGGUGUCAAUGAAAGCUGUGGAUGCUUUGGAGCAAGAACUCAGAACUCGUCCAGUGGAUAGCAGAGAUAUCAAAUUUUAUGAGGAACAGUUGAAAGAUGUUAGACAAUCAUAUUCGGAGGCUAUAAAGGCUUUGGAGGGCAAAUUACUUCAAGCGAAGGAAAAUUUCAUGAAGCAACAGUCUCUGUGGAUGUCAAGCAAAGAAACGAUAGAAACUCUAAAGAGAGAAAAAGAAGAAAUACUGACAAGAUUUCAAGAGCUUCAACAAAGUAGUCAACAGAAAGAUAGGAAUAGUCAACAGACAAUACAGUCGUUAACAGAAGAAUUGUCUGCCGCGAAAGCGGAAAUACAGAGGACAAGUUACUUGAAGUCAGAUUUAGAGAGGAGAUUAAACGAAAGCAGAAGAGUGGCUAAUAAUAUUAUAGCGAAGAACGAAGAAACAAAAUGCAAAAUGGCUGAGGCUCUCGAUCUAGUAGAAUCUGCGGUAAAAGAAAAAGAGUUUAUACUUCAAAGGGAGGCACAGAUUGCAGAGCAAAAUGCUAGAUUGGAAGCUCGGUUGACUUCCAUUAUCGAAGAACACGCCGUUAAGAUGCGACAAGAGACUGCUAAGUUGAAAGACGCUCAUGAGCAUAGUAUGAAAAAAUAUUUAUUAGAAAUCAAAGAGUUAAAAUCGGAAUUGCGGGAAAAAGUAACAUUAUUAGAGCAAUCGCAAAAAGAAACCAGAUUAGUGGAAGAAGAACUGGAGAAAGUGCGUCGAGAUUCUGAGGAAUUACUGGAAAAAUCAACCGCGAAGAUUCUGACUUUCGAACAAGCGUUAAAACAGACAGAUUCAAAAUUAGAGGCUUCUAAUGAAAUAUGCAAAAGACAAUAUAAUUUAGAGAUGCAACAGCUGCGAGAAAAAAUUGCUAAUUUGGAAGAGAAAUUAGUAGUUUCGAAUGAAAAGCUGAAGCAAAUUCAACAACAAAAUUCUACAAAUAUACGGGAUCGCAUUAAAUUAGCCGAUGAAAAGACCAAGGACGCAAUCGAUUGUUACGUUAAUUUGGAAAGUCAAUUGAUCAAAGCUACAGAUGAUAAAGAAUCUCUGACGACAGAAUUGAAGACGCUACAGUUGGCUUUCGAUCACGAAAUACACAAGAGAGAUUACGAACGAUGCAUGUUGGAAAACAAGAUCCGCGAACUAGAAAUGAACCUUCCGAAGGAAAAUUAUAUAAUGGAGAAUAAAUCAAGUCUUAAUAUUUCUCCAGUCCAAGUUCCCUCCCAGCAUCAUGCGGAUACAAUGAGCAAGCAUACUUUGGAUAUAAGGGUUGAAAAUACAGAUCAUAAUUGGCAGUCUAUGUUAACUGAACAAUUAAAUAAGCAACAGAAGCAUUUCGAAAAAAAGAUCAAAGAGAUGACACAACAUGUAACAAAUCAUCAAAAAUUAAGUCGAAAAUGGAGAGACGAAGCAAAAUCUUUGACUGUACGAUUUCAAGUCAAGUCUAAGGAAUUACGUGGAAAAAUUAGUUCGUUACGAAAAGAGAAUGCCGAAUUACAGAAAGCACUUCUACUUUGCAAACAGCAAUUCAAAACGGAUAUUAUUCAACAUAGUAAUAUACAAGGAUCCGAAACCAGGUGACAGUAUCCUAUAUUGAACAUAGGACACACAUGGAUGACUACAAAAUGGAUCUCUGCUGUAAAUAUUACAAAGCGACGGAUUUUAUUUACCAAAGAGAUACAAAUUGUAAAAAGCAACGUUAAGUCUUUCCUGAAAUUAUUUUCUACCUAUCUGACAACAAUGUUGACACAAAGUCUAUUCUUUGGAAACAAUGCACGCUGUGAAUAAACUAGGAAACCAAUAUAA